CCGGGCCAGCAGGGGGCGUCAUUUCUGCACAUUCACAUCACUGCUUCGCCGGGCGGGAUUUCCGCAAUAAUAUCAAGUAUGGCGAAGACAUACGACUAUUUGUUUAAAUUACUGUUAAUCGGCGACUCCGGUGUCGGGAAGACCUGUGUGCUCUUCAGGUUUUCAGAAGACGCCUUCAACUCAACCUUUAUCUCAACCAUAGGCAUUGAUUUCAAGAUUAGGACAAUAGAGCUCGACGGCAAGAAGAUAAAGUUACAGAUAUGGGAUACGGCUGGCCAGGAGCGCUUCCGAACAAUCACAACAGCCUACUACAGAGGAGCUAUGGGCAUCAUGCUUGUCUACGACAUCACCAACGAGAAGUCUUUUGAGAAUAUCAAGAACUGGAUAAGGAACAUAGAAGAGCAUGCAUCCUCUGAUGUUGAGAAGAUGGUCCUUGGCAACAAGUGUGACAUCAAUGACAAACGGCAGGUGUCCAAAGACAGGGGGGAGAAGCUUGCAUUAGAGUACGGGAUAAAGUUCAUGGAGACGAGUGCAAAGGCCAACAUCAAUGUGGAAAAUGCAUUUUUGACCCUCGCCAGAGACAUCAAAUCAAAAAUGGACACGAAAUUGGAGGGCAACACGCCGCAGGGGAGCAGUCAUGGAGUGAAGAUCUCAGAGCCUCAGAAAAAGACCAGCUUCUUCCGCUGUACCCUCCUCUGAGGACCAAGGCCUGCUUCAACACUGGCUGCCAGCUGGCUGGACAUAAAUGGACUGUGCUUGCUCUUAGCACUUCCUUCCCCUUUCCUCUUUAAACCCACCUAUGGCCUGUCCUCCCAGUCCACACACAAACCAUUAUAUUCCCAGUAAGUGGAGGAAUCCUCCUCCUCUCUUCCUCUUCUGAAAGCUUCCAGUGGUGCAUCUCUUCCAUUUUAAGGAGAUCUUUUGUUUUCAUGGGUCAGAGUGCUUGACUGGUCGAGGACUCAACCAGGAGCAUUGUCCAGAUGUUCCUUAUCACACAAAAGACAGGCUCUUACUUCAAAUGUUAGUCUCUUUGUAAUGCGCACUUACAUUUCACACAGCCAGUAGCACAACCGAGGAUGAGAAAUCAUUAAAUUAAUGUCAAGGUUUUGGGAUUGCAAAUACAAAUGUGAUAUUUAGAUAUAUUUUUAUUAGUGCUUUCCUUUUUUAAGUUAUGUCAACCUGCGACUGAAAGGCUUACACUCUAGUGAAACAGAGUUGCACAUGCUUUCAUUUUCAUCACAGCAGUUGAGAAUCCUGUCACGAGUAUUGCAGUCAAGGAUCAGAGAGGAAUUUGACCAAAAGGUUUUGCAUGUAGUCCUUGACAAUCAUUUAAUAUGACUAAAAAUGUGUGUGGUCUCGCUCAGAUCAUUACACACCACCCACAUUUGUAUUUAACCUUUCUGCAAUAGCUUUCAGGUGUUCAAAGACAGUUUGGUUACAAAAAAAAUAGAUGUAAUCCAGAUCUUCUCCUCUAGAUUAAUCAAAUCAUCAGAACAUUUGUGAGCUGACAUUUCUGCUUAGACUUUCUCUGGUGUAGUGACCAGCAACAACGAGUUGUACAUACAAAAUUGUAGAGUGGGUAACAAUGCAGUGUUAGCACAUUGUAUUCAAAGAACACAGUUUAGGACAAUAUUAAGAUAUGCAGGCUGUAUAUUUUAAAUAAACCUUCACAAUUCAGUACAGUAUAAUACAAAUAGAAUGACAUUUAAUUGGUCCUCUUUAUAAUCUGUUAUUCUGCCUCUUAUUUUCCCCGAUUAGUCUUUAAAAAAUGCUUCUAAAAGUUUUCAAAAGUUCGAGAUGACGUUUUCAGAUGUCAUAGAAUGCAUAGAAAUUCUGUGAACUAUCACAUAAGACAGGACGGCAGAAAAUGUUUGACAUUCUUGCUUGAAAAUCCACUUAAAACUGUCAGAUAUCAAAAUACUAAACUUUUUUUAUGCUCUCAGUUGACUAAAUGUUUCAACUCUUAAUAAGAUGACUCUUAAGCGUUGCCUUUAAUUUGACUUGAAGGUCUUGUAGCAGCUCUGAUUCACAGUGAAGCUAAAUGAUGUCUUCGGUUAUUUGACCAAUUUAAAUCACUUAUCCUAAAGUUUCACACUGUAAGUCCCGUCUCCUGCUAUCCACGCAGCUCUCCUUGCACUUUACCAGUAACUCGUGUUUUGUGUGUAGUCUGUGCCAAGUGAUAGAUUUGCAAUACGAUGACUUAGUUACAACUGUGUUGAUCUAUUGAGUCUUGGUAGUAUAAUGGGCAUAAUUCCUAAAUUUUAUUACACCUACUGAUGAUCUCCUUUGCUAUUUCACUGCUAGUGAUCCACUGUCCAGUGUUCACUGAAAAACAUUGCCCUAAUGUACUUCAACAGCUAUCUAUAUAUUUAUAAAAAGGAAAAAAAAAAAAAGAAUUUGCAAGCCUGUUUCUAUGCUACUGCCCUGCCAAAUUCUAGUUUAAAAGUGGUGUUUUCUUGGCUUAUUACAUGAAUGCUGGCUUAACCCAAGCUGAAAGUUUGUUCCCAUUAGUAUUGUACAUUUUCACUUGUGUGUGUGUGUGUGUGUGUGUGUGUGUGUGUGUUUGAUUGUGGGACUUCAGUUUGCCAGCUAGGUGGCACCACAGGCACAGUAUGCAUUAUAGGUGACCACCUGAACUCUUCUAUCCAGUAUUUUAUUAAGAGCUCGAGCCACAGUGAACUAGACUUGUGCGAUCCAAACGUGUACCAACUAUUUAACGUUGAUGUUGAGUCUGUUUCCAUUGUUCCUCACGUUUCCUUCCUUCAUUUGUUACUCGUCUGAAAAUCAAACUCCUGUAUGCACAAUAUCGAGGGAGGAUCUGCUUUUGCUUGCCUGCACCUUUUUUUAUGUUUUGUUUUAAUAUCAAAUAAUUUGGGACCUCAUGACGACCAUGGCCAUUUGUCUUAACCGCUAAUACUCAGUUCUGUCAUAGGUGAGCUAUGCAUUGUGAAUCUUGGACCUGUGCAUAUGUGUGUAACACAAUUUUCAGACAUACUUGUAGACCUGUACAGUUGAAUGUAUGGGGUUUUUUUUUUCUUUUGUUGUUUAUUUUAGUUUUGUCAUUCACUGAGCCAAAAACAGGACACGCUCUGUUUGGAGAAAUGGCUGCAUCAGUGCAAGCAAAUCUUAAGCAUGAUGGCAGAUGAAGUAGGAAGAGUCCUGGGCGUUGAAAUGUGGAGGUAGCUGUCGUCUCAUUCGAGUGAUUCUGUAGCUUUAAGUCUUAAACAGAAACAUAGGGAGCAGAUGUUUGCAGGACUUGAGCUGUAUCAUUUUCAACUGAAAUGAUACUCCCUCAUUGAUUUUGUUUUUAAAUCAUAUCCUUUUUUCUUAAGACUCCUAUCACAUCAUCAUAUACUGUACAUCCCUUUUUACAGCCAUAUUUUCAUUCCAGCGAUUGUGAAGUACACAGGGAGAGUGAUAGAAUAAGUUUUGGAAAAAAAAGGUGAAAAAAAAAAACAUUGUAAAUAUCACAUUGAAAAAAGAGAUCUACUUAAAUUGUACUGUACUUUCUAAACCCAAUAUGAAAAUGUAUCUACAAUUUGUAGAUAUGUGUACUUUUUGAUUUAAUAAAACGAGAUUAUAAAAUG